CCUCUCCCAUCUCAGUAGCAGACACACUUUGCAGUCUCUCCCUCGCUCACACACACGCUUGCUGCAGCAGGAGGCACAAAUCCGACUGGUACAGCACCGGAUGGUGGAGGAAAUGAACGUCAAAACAAGCGAUUGAGUUGUGAAUAAGCACGGCAAACACAGAGGUGAAACAUGCGACCGUAAUAGGUUGUUGGCGUCUACAGUUAAUAACCUACUUUAACAGCCCUGUUCCUUUCACUGGGCUUGUCUGGACGACUAAAACUAAACAGGCAGCAUGACGGAAGGAACAAGGGAGUGAAAAGGAAUUGUUACCAUUCCCACACAGUGGGAAACUAGGAGGAGAAAGGGGGUUGGAGGUCAGGUGGUUAAAGCUGCUCUCCAACAGAGAUAAAAACAGACUUGGGGAUGUUCUAGAGCCGCACUGAUUCUGCGAAAGACAGAUGCGCAGCGAGAGGAAAGAGGGGUCUGAAUACCAACGACUGCAGAGUAAAGAGAAGAGACUGGAUACUGUCCUGGGAGAAGACUGAUGGCUGCAAUUAGUGAAUAGAUGGAGGAUAAACGCUACGAAGCACACUGAAAUGUUUCACACAUUUCAAAUAUUUUGUUAUCUAGGAAACAUAAGCUUGUCAUCUCUGAAAGCCUCUGGGCUCAUGCUUGAAAAACUACAUCUGAUUAUUUCGAUUCAUGCUCCAGUUACCAGAAGGAAUCAAUGGACUUGGCAUCCUGAACAGCAUAAGCAGCAAACUUCUGUCAAUGGAUAACCAGCUCAACAAUGCCUAAAUCCAAAUCACAAAUAUCACACCCAUACUCAGCUCCACCCCACUCAAAAUCCUCUCGGAGGCCCUCUCCAAAGCAACACUCUCUAAAAGGGGUCCACCCGGAAAUAAACCGGUUAUCUCCUAUUGAACUCAAGCCAAAAGUCACCAGCCCUUCCCUGAGACCCCCUGCCUGCUCUAUGACCCCACAGACUGUAGUCUUGCUGGCCGUGGUGACCUGCUCCUGUGUGUUCUCUGCUCUGCUGGGCCCGGGCGUGUCCGCUGGAGAGACCUGGGGCAUGGUCUCCAUCUGUCCCUUCCACUGUGUGUGCCGAAACCUCUCAGAGUCUCUGAGCACGCUCUGUGUCAACAAGGGCCUGCUGUUCGUCCCUCCUGACAUUGACCGGCGCACAGUGGAGCUCCGUCUGGCUGACAACUUCAUCCUGGAGGUGGGCAGAGUGGACUUCGCCAACAUGUCAGGCCUGGUAGAGCUAACUCUGUCCAGGAACACCAUCCAUGCCCUGAAACCUCUGGCCUUCGCUGACCUUCAGAGCUUGCGUUCACUUCACCUGGACACCAACCGGCUGACCGUGGUGGGGCCAAAAGACCUGUCAGGCCUAACUAACUUGCAGCACCUCAUCAUCAACAACAACCAGCUGACCAACGUCUCCACCGAGGCAUUUGAUGACUUCCUGCAGACGCUGGAGGAUCUGGACCUGUCCUACAACAACCUGAGGAAGGUCCCCUGGGAGGCCAUCCAGAACAUGGCCAGCCUGCACACCCUCAACCUGGACCACAACCUCCUGGACCACAUCGCCGAGGGCUCCUUCGGAGAACUGUACAAGCUGGCUCGUCUCGACAUGACGUCCAACCGGCUGCAGACUCUGCCCCCUGACCCCCUGUUCUCCCGCUCCCAGACAGGCAUGGUCAGCCCUACCCCCUACAACACUGUCAUUAGCCUGAGCUUCGGUGGGAACCCCCUGCACUGUAACUGUGAGCUGCUGUGGCUGAGGCGGCUGAUCCGCGGGGACGACAUGGAGACGUGCGCCACUCCCGUCCACCUGGCUGGGCGCUACUUCUGGUCCAUUCCAGAAGAGGAGUUCACCUGUGAGCCUCCGCUCAUCACGCGCCACUCCAACAAGCUGUGGGUGCUGGAGGGCCAGAGGGCCACGCUGAGGUGCCGUGCCAUUGGAGACCCAGAGCCAAUCAUCCACUGGAUCUCUCCUGACGACCGCAUAGUAGCCAACUCCAGCCGUGUGCACUCCUACUACAACGGCACCCUGGACGUGCUGGUGACCCGUGCCCGUGACGAUGGGGCAUACACCUGCAUUGCCAUCAAUGCUGCCGGGGAGGCUACGGCCCUGAUAGACCUGAAGAUCAUCCCCCUCCCUCACCGCGGCAACAACACUGUCCCCCUAACCAGCCCUCGAGGGGACCCUGGGUCAUCAGAUAUCUCCAGUGGGAGAAGAGGGGCAGGCCGGAAGGGUGGUGGAGGGGUGGUGACUGUCAAGAACGCCACAGAGGGAGAGAGUGGAGAUGCCAGUGAGCAUUUGGUGGGGGUCCUGGGAGCGACUGCCACCUCUGCCCAGGUGCGCUGGGUCCUGGGCCGGGCCACUGGGCCAUACCUGGUGUGGAUGUACCAGAUCCAGUACAACUGCACUGCAGACGACGCCCUGGUAUACAGGAUUCUGCCUCCUACAAGCAACGCGUUCCUGCUAAAGAACCUUGUGUCUGGAGCUGACUACAGCCUUUGUGUCCUGGCCAUCUUUGACGACGGGCUGUCCACCCUGGCCACCACCAAGGUCCUGGGUUGCACCCAGUUCAGCACCAAGGAGGACUUCCCAGAGUGCCGUUCCCUGCAGGCACACUUCCUGGGCGGCACACUGACAAUCAUGGUGGGCGGGGUCAUCGUGGUGAUGCUGCUGGUGUUCACCGUGGCGAUGAUGGUGAGGCACCGCGUCUGUGGAGACUGCAGAGACGAGGGUCACUACCCUGCACAUCACCAUGACAACUUCCUGCCCUCCAAGGGAGAAGUGGACGUUUACGCUCAGACCAAUGGGAAUGGGAGAGUGAUGAUGGUGGCUCUGCCCAAAGGCAUUCUUGGCCAAAAGGCUAAGCCCCUGCCAUCGAAAACCAAACCCCAAGCCAAGAACAAGCCCAGGACAACGCUUGACUCUGAUCAGCUCAGUGGAGAGAGAAAGGCUGAGGAGCAGGGCCUGGAGGUGGGCGUGAGGGGGAAAAGAUUCCCCCCUUUCACCCCUGAGAGUGAGAGAGUGACACUGUACUACUCCCCUGCCAACACCUCUCAGACCUUACCCCAUCCCAGAGCUCACAAGGCCCUGAGACACUCAGGCAAGCUCAAGCUGCGCCGCUCUGAGGAGAGAGAGAGAGACUUGGACAAAAUGGUGGGCUCCAGAUGCAGCCUGGACUCUGAGGCCCCGGGGGAGGAGGGGCGGUUGGAUGACUGGAGGAGGGGCGAUCGUCCGCCACUCGGGAGGACACGCAGCUGCUCCUUUGAUGUGGGCGAGAUCACCACAACAACCUGCUACAGCUAUGCCAAGCGACUGAGUGUGAUAUGGACCAGGAGGAGCCAGUCGGUGCACGGCAUGCUGGUCCAGUGCGCCUCAACGGCCAGUUCAGCGAGCAGCAUGGGCAGCGACCAACAGCCCCCUGCUCUCACACAUGGCUACCUGCACGCCUUCAACACCUCCAACUCUAACUCUAACACCAGAGUGGCUGCCAAAGCUGGAAACCUAGAAGAAAGUGUUGUGUAGGGUGGAGAGGAAGAGGAGAGAGGGACAUAAUGGAAACAGACUGAAACUGACAAAAUGGUGGAUGUAAAAGAUAAGCCAUUUGGCUUUAUAGCUAGAAUCCUUAAUUGAAACAAAGCGUUCUCCCUGCCCGUUUCAGCCAAAAAGCUAAAGGAAUGGGUCUGGAUAAAUGUAACCACUCAAAUUCAUAGAGGUAUGGAUGCAAGGACUAACAAUCCAUGAUAUCAAAUGUAUAGUUUUAACCAUGUUUUAAGGCUAUACAGGGUUUGCUUACAUUUAUUUACAAAUAUUGGAGUAAAACAUGCUUAUAUUUUGGGUUUCGAAGGGGUACGACAGUUGAAUUUAGGUUACAGUGCAUUUGUAACGUAUUCAGACCCCCUGACUUACUCCACAUUUUGUUAUAGCCUUACUCUAAAAUCGAUUAAAAAGUAUUUUUCCCUCCUCAAUCUAUAAAACAAUACCCCAAAAUGACAAUGCAAAAACAGGUUUAGAAAUGUGUGCAAGUUCAUUAAAAAUAAACUUAAAUAUCAUAUUUACAUAGGUAUUCAGACCCUUUACUCAGUACUUUGUUACUUUGUUGAAGCAUCUUGGGUAUGGUGCUACAAGCUUGGCACCCCUGUAUUUGGGGAGUGUUUCCCAUUCUUCUCUAGAGAUCCUCUCAAGAUCUGUCAGGUUGGAUGGGGAGCAUCGCUGCACAGCUAUUUUCAGGUCUCUCCAGAGAAGUUCGAUCGGGUUCAAGUCCAGCCUCUGGCUGGGGCACUCAAGGACAUUCAGAGACUUAUCCCGAAGCCACUCCUGCAUUGUCUUGGCUGUGUGCUUAGGGUCAUUGUCCUGUUGGAAGGUGAACCUUUGUCCAAGUCUGAGGUCCUGAGUAGGUUCUCAUCUAGGAUCUCUCAUAAGCAUUUCUCUACACCCACAAUAACAUUUGCUAAACACGUGACAAAUAUAAUUAUUUGUACCUUGGUCCAUUCAUCUUUUCCUCAAACCUGACUAGUCUCCCGGUCCCUGCCACUGAAAAACAGCCCCACAGCAUGAUGCUGCCACCACCACGCUUCAUAGGGAUGGUGCCAGGUUUCCUCCAGAUGUGACGCUUGGCAUUCAGGUCAAAGUGUUCAAUCUUGGUUUCAUCAGACCAGAGAAUCUAGUUUCUCAUGGUCAGAGUUUUUAGGUGGCUUGUGGCUAACUCCAAGCGGGCUGUCAUGCACCUCUUACUCAGGAGUGGAUUCAGUUUGGCCACUACCAUAAAGGACUGAUGGGUGGAGUACUGCAGAGAGGGUUGUCUCCACAGAGGAACUGGAGCUCUGUCUCCGGGUUCUUGGUCACCUCCCUGACCAAGGCCCUUGCUCUAGGAAGAGUCUUGGCUGUUCUACAUUUCUUCCAUUUAAGAAUGGAGACCAGUGUGUUCUUGGGGACCUUCAAUGCUGCAUACAUUUUUUUGUACCCUUCCCCAGAUCUGUCCCUCGACACAAUCCUGUCUCAGAGCUCGACAGACAAUUCCCUUGACCUCAUGGCUUGGUUUUUGCUCAGAUAUGCACUGUCAACUGUGGGACCUUAUAUAGACAGGUGUGUGCCUUUCCAAAUCAUGUCCAAUCAAUUGAAUUAACAGAGGUGGACUCCAAUCAAGUUGUAGAAACAUCAAGGAUGAUGAAUGGAAACCGGAUGCACCUGAGCUCAAUUUCGAGUCUCAUAGCAAAGGGUCUGAAUAUUUCUGUAAAAAAGCUACCUGUUGAUUCAUUCUAAUAAAUGUGCAAAAAUGUCCCAAAAAAAUGGUUUUCCCCCUUUGUCAUUAUGAGGUAUUGUGUGUAGAUUGAUGAGGGGGGAAAAAAUUUAAUCAAUUUCAGAAUGAUUCUUGAAGAAUAUACAGUGGAAUGGGUGUAUAUCAUUUAUUUGGAUUCUUAAUUUCUUAAAAAACAAGGACAUACAUUUAAAAGCACAAAGUGCAUUGCACAAGGAACCGAGCACAUGGUGAAGAAGAUAAGCCACGUACGGUGUGGGCAGAUGGGAGUGAUGACAAGUAUAAAAAAAUGACAGUACAAAAAAGUCUGCUUUAAUGCUGAAAGAGACUGACUACAACCUGAGGCUUCUGUUUCAACAAGAUACAUGAAACAAUUCAUGAAUUACAGUAAAUAAAUCAACCGCUACUCAACAGCAGCACGACUCUACAUUGAAUUGCAAAUCGCCGAGUAGAUCAGUUAUCAAAAUGGAUCAUAUGAAAACUGACAAUCAGAUGCCAGUCAGUGAUCAUGUUUUUGUUUGAGAAGGGCAGGAAGCAGCCUAUCGGCAAACACAGAGGAGUUUGUCUUCGAGCUGAGAGAGGAAGAGAUAUGGGGAGAAAGAGGGGUUGAGAAGGUGACUGGGGGAGGAGCGCUGAGAUAAACCAGUACACAGAGAUAGGCUACAUGUCUAUUGGUGCCAUUUGUCAUAUUAAAUACUACUCUGUAGUGUACAGUCAUACCCACAAAGGCCCUCUGAACUCAAUUAGCAUGAGUUGUGUGAUGGAGUUGGAGAGUGGAUAGUGAGAGAAUGGCAUGCAGCAGUUUCCCCUUUUCUUGCCAGAGGCAAACGGGUGCCCUAUUUCACCCAAUUAAAAAGUGCUGAUUGGUGAAUUCACACAAACACAUUGUGAACUCUGCCCAGCGGUGCUCAAACCACUGACCUGCAGUUCUGCAAUCAACCACUGUUCACAUCAUAGAGGACAGAUAUGUCAUGUUCUGCUGACAAGUCCCAUUAAUAUCAGAUCUGCAGAUCUGUUUGGCUGUGGAUAAAGUUGAACAGUUUAGACCAGUUCAGGAGUUCCCAGUCUCAGAAAUAAUUCUAACGUCUCCAAUUUGUAGGAUAAGAAAAUAAAAUGUUUCAGAGUUCCUUUAGCCAGUCCUGAUUUCAUUUAACCUCGUACCAUCCAACUCAUUCACCACGGUUGGCUGUUCUCUGCCCCUGCAUCUAAAACCCUACCCCAGCUGUGAGACAGCCAGAAAGAAUAGGAUUUUAAGUGAGUGCUUGGACUUUUUCACCUUAGACGUAGAGCCAAGGUUUUCCCAUUCACAUUUACAUUUUACAUUUAAGUCAUUUAGCAGACGCUCUUAUCCAGAGCGACUUACAACAACUAGAUAUUUGAGUAGAAAAACAGGGUGAAUUAAUCUAACAAAAUCUCUUGGACCAACAUUUUAACCCAACCAUUUGAAUAUAAUAAUCACCAAUCUACUCCCCGUUACGCUGAAACACCUCUACCCCAACCACACUCUAUGAUCAGCGGAAAGGAGUGUGUGGGUGAAUGUGUUGCUAGAGAAAGUGGAGAAGACUGACACUCAAUCCAUAUAAAACGACCAACAUUAAUCAAAAUUCCUAAAAGGCACUUUCAUCCACUAUCAGUUGUCUACAUUUUUUAAAACGACCAGAAUUCUGGUGGUUGUUCCUUGAGGGAAGUACUUCCUUUCCUAGAAGCAAAAAGCUGCAAAAGCAAUCAGCAGAUGCAAAGUGGGAAAUAGUGCUGCAAUAUUAAUUUAGCCGGAAAAAACAAUUCUAUUUGUGUGUGAACGAUAAAUAUGGGAGGCAGAAGAGAGGGAGAGCGUGAGGGAGAGAAUGAGCGUUGGAGGGGGUUGAGUAUUAUUCAUGCAAAUGACUCAUGUACAUGCAUGUUUAAGUGGUCAUUAACAGAUUGCUGCAUACAGCAUUAAAAUCCUUGUUUAUCUUCUACCUUGGUCCUACAAAAUGUCUCAUCACUAAACUGCAUAGAGAGGCAGUUUCGGGAGGAGUGGGUGUGGGGUGCUAUGGUGGAGGGGAGCAAAGCAGAGGGGGAUAUAAUGACAGUGAGUAUCACAGCUGUGAAAUCCUUAGAUCCUUAAUGCACGUCCCUAAUUCACUAUCCCACUUCGAAGCAGAGUGCAGCAAAGCCUUCCAAUUCUAAUGACUGAAAAGUAUCCAUGCAUAAUAAUAAAUCAGAUGUGUUCAUCUGAGUGAGAUCUGAAAUAAAGGGAACAAUCUGCAUCCA